GGAAAAGGUCUAUUCCUCUUCUACAUCGACCCUAGAAGUAAAGGAGGAGGCGCUAGCACAGUCGACGGACAAGAACCAGCAUGACUCGUACGCUCCUGACGUGCACACGACCACCAGUCUUGUAGGCGGGGAUAUUUACAGGCGCACUUCUCCGAGAACUGAAACCGAUGAAGUUGGG